AUGACAUCAACUGUUUAUGAAAGCGACACUUACAAUGAAACGCAAAUUUGACGCAAAAGCCGCUUUGACAAGAUUUUCACACGGGCUGAGCCAUAGUUCGGUAAAAUUAUCUUGGGAGAUCAGAGAUUGUGCCUUCAAGACAAUAUUCGUGAAGGUUGAUUGCAGAUUAGCAUAAAUAAUGCCUCAGUAAAUCUCGAUUUUGUUUCCUUGAACGAUAUUCGUGACACGCAAGAGUAUAUUUAUCAAUCUUCAGCUCUCCCUGCAAAUUUAUAGCUUUAACUCGCUCCCAUUAUGUCUGCCCUCUGCCUCGUUAGCCAAUGUCGAGAAGAAAUAUCCUCUUUUUCUCCUUUUCCUUGAGCACAGUCUGUAGUAAAAGGUAUACGUGACAGUAUCACUAAUAUCACUUAAAACGGGGUCAGUAUACUUCAUUGUCUCGAAAAUCUAAUUAAACUUGGACAUCAAUAUUUUUUUCUAGCUUAGUAAAAGCUUGAUUAUUAAGCUCUCGGUUGGUUUGAAAGAGCGAAAUCGAAUUAUUCUCUUUCUUGAGAAUUUUAGUCAUCUCUGAAAUUCCAAUCACACGUAGACGUUUGGUAUUUCAUUCACAAUGUUGUCUGGGCGGAAAUCGGUAUUAGUUCAGAAAAUAGAUACUAGAAUAUCGUUAUAGCAUCCAUAAUAUUUUGAUUAUGGAAAGGAUCUAUCAUUCAAACCUUCAAACUUCCAAAUAUACAACAUUUUUAAACGGGUUAAAAAUAUACGGCAGACGUGACUCCAAGGAAACAAAAGUUGGUUACUUUAGGGUCAACUAUGACCAGCUAAUAAUCUUGAACGAUUUAGCGCUGUCAUCUCGUUAUGCUCCUCAGUGUGUAUUGAAUCUGAUAUGUAUUGAUUUUUCAUGGGAAUUGAUUCCGAAGGCAGACUUGCAAAACAACUUGAUUCUCUCUGAAACUCCGGCGAAUAUGGUUACAACUUGACGACGCAGAAAACUUCUUUUUCGACCAAGAAGUGAAAGUGAGAUCUCAGCAAGGAGAAACAUCAUUGAUAUACUCAAAUCAGAAGAUGAAUAACUCGUCUGGAUCACAUCCAAGUGUUGCCCGUGAUGAAUGGAGUUAUUCAUUUACAGAUGCCUUCAAGUUUCCUGUAUUGACCGUUUAUAUAAUCAUUGUAGUGGUGGCAGUAAUUGGGAACAUCAUGGUUUGCUUUGCGAUCCUAGUGGACAAAAGCCUUCGAAGCAAUCCCACAACAAUCCUCCUAUUCUCUCUGGCGUUCUCUGAUCUGCUUACCGUGACUACCGUCACUCCAUUACAAACAGAAGAAUUUUUCCUACGAGGAACCUGGUUUUACGGUAAAACUAUGUGCAAGCUAUGGAGUACUGUUUUUUACAUCGCUGUACCCACCUCAAUUCUGACCCUUCUUGUUCUCAGCGUCGACCGUUACAACCACCUAACUGACCCGUUAAAUCGGUUUCGUAAAACAAGGUUUAUGACACGGAAAAAGGCCAUGAUGAUCAACUGUUUGAUAUGGUUUUACACCGUUCUGUUUGCUUCAAUUCCUUACACUGACUGGGGAGAUUUCCACUAUGAAUCUUUCGCCUAUGACAAAAGAUGUUGGUUCCCAUACAUUAGCAGUUAUACAACAGUAACAAGUUUCCUCAACUUUUUGUUGCCUUUGCUUAUAACUUGCGGAAUUUACAUCAAGAUUUAUCGCAUUGCGAGUGUGCGAAAUAAAAACGUAACUACCGCCCGCAGAUGUGAGUGCGGCAAAUUAACUUUCACUCAAGAGACGAACAAUUAUAUAGGAAACCUUAAAGCAGCAAAGACUAUAUCUAUGUUUGUAGGGGUGUCAUUUUUCUGUUGGGUCCCUUACUCCACAUUUACCAUAAUCAAUUGCGUAUGUAUACACUGUCGGCAACACAUACCACCGGAAACCUACCCAUUCCUGCUAAUGUUGGGUUACCUGAGCUCUGCGUUAAACCCUUUCCUUUUCGCGUUUCGAAGCAAAAGCUUCAAAUUUAUAUACUCCAAGAUGCUGCGUUCAAUUAUGGUACUCAAACCAAAACCCAGUCCUGACUCUCGGCGAGUCUCUUCCAUAUCACAGAUGACUCUCGCUUCUGAGAUUCCAUGUUCAGUGGAGGAAGGUAUUAUACUUCAAGCAGUGCAAUCACGUCCAAUAACACUUAACUUCCAGAACUGCUGAUUAGCAUUUUUUUUCGGAUAUCUACACACAUUAACUAGCAAACAAGACAAGAGAACCGACAAAUAUAUCAAUUGGAGGGCGUUAUCUUUUACAUGGUGUAAUUGCUUAUUAUCAGUGAUUAUAGAGAUGGUUGCGUUCUGGUUGGUCGAAGAUUACGUCAUAUCUUGCGAUAGUCAUCCAGAAUAAGUUGGUCAGUCAAUAAUGAAGCACAAAUUUUUAAAAUAGGCACUGCGUGAUUCGCUCAUUUUUCAUGACGGGGAAAAUAAAAUGCAUUUGCUCAUAGUCAUUAUUCUAAGACAAAAAAUCGCCACAGCGAGUGCACUUACAAGUG